AGGUUAGGUUGAAAAGUACGAGCCGCUAAGUCUCGAUCAUCCGGUGUGAACUCUCUAUCUGCUGGAGCUUGCAGUUGCAGAAAUUAUCGAGUCUCUCUUGCUAAAUCCUAUACCUCUCCCAAUUCAUUCUCUAAUUCGAAUUUCAAUUCUAUACGGUCACUUUUCAUCCCUCACAAUCUAACAUUUCAAAAAUCUGAAGCUACUUUCUCUACGACAAGGAUGUCUCAAAGCGUGGUAACUUGCUCUGCCGAGAGAACUUCUCCGGCCAAGGCGCUGCGCAUGAUUCUUGACUCGCCCGGUGUCCACCUGGGCCCUGCUUGUUUCGAUGCUCUUAGUGCUAAGCUUAUCGAGAGAGCGGGAUUCAAUUACUGCUUCACUAGUGGAUUUUCAAUAUCAGCUGCUAGAUUGGGAUUGCCUGAUACUGGAUUUAUUUCCUAUGGGGAAAUGGUGGAUCAGGGGCAACUAAUCACUCAAGCUGUGUCAAUUCCUGUAAUUGGGGAUGGUGAUAAUGGCUAUGGAAAUGCCAUGAAUGUCAAAAGAACUAUCAAGGGAUUUAUAAAAGCUGGCUUUGCAGGAAUCCUUCUUGAAGAUCAGGUGUCUCCGAAAGCUUGUGGUCAUACACGUGGUAGGAAAGUGGUGUCUAGAGAAGAAGCAGUGAUGCGGAUAAAAGCAGCCGUUGAUGCUCGGGAAGAGACUGGCUCAGACAUUGUUAUUGUUGCACGAACUGAUUCUCGUCAAGCAAUAUCCUUGGAUGAAUCACUUUGGAGGUCAAGAGCUUUUGCUGAUGCUGGAGCAGAUGUUCUUUUUAUAGAUGCACUAACUUCAAGAGAAGAAAUGAAGUCUUUCUGUGAAGUCGCUCCCCAAGUUCCUAAAAUGGCCAACAUGCUCGAAGGAGGGGGAAAAACUCCAAUACUUAGUCCAUCGGAACUUGAGGAACUGGGAUAUAAAGUUGUGGUUUACCCACUUUCCUUGAUCGGGGUAGCUAUACAAGCGAUGCAGGAUUCGCUAACUGCCAUUAAAGGAGGUCGGAUUCCCCCACCUGGAACGAUGCCAACUUUUGAAGAAAUAAAGGAAAUCUUGGGUUUCAACCUUUAUUAUGAAGAAGAGAAGCGGUAUGCUACCAGCACAAGCUAGAUGCUUAGGCCAGGAGGUGAGGUAGAAAUGAACCUUUUUCGCCUACACCAGCCCAGUUUAUAUAUGCACUAUGUACUUGGAACCCAAGAUAUUUUGGUAUUCUAGCAUGUUAACUGUCAAAACUUAAAAGGUGUUUUUUUUGAGUUAUUUGUGAUAAUAAUCAGUAAUGGAUGUAAAGGGCAGACAGAAUCGGUUGCUCCUCUAAAAGUUUUUAAUGGGAAUAUAUUAAAUAGGAGUUUGUUCUUAA